AAAAGUAAACGCGCCAGCCGCCAGGCCCAGAGAACCUUCGCCCCAUCGCCACUACCUCCGGUUGAUUCUCCCCCGCCACCGCCCACCCCACCGCACCGCAUCAUUCCUCCUCAUCCGUCGGCGAUCGGCAUAAGGCAGCGCUCCACCCGGUUCCAUUGCAGAACCGCACUAACUCGUCGCGUGCCGGAUCAGCUCCAGCCAUGGCGUCGAUGCAGGCUCCCGCGCCGGCGCCGUCGGGGUACCCGCCGCACGGCGGCCAGGCCCCGCGCCCGCACUCCACGGCCGUCGCCGUCACCGCGGCCAGCAACGGCGCCGGCAACCCCUACGUGCAGGUCACCCCGGCCAGCGCGUCCCCGUCCACCUGCCAGUCCAUCAUGAAGGCGCUGGGGCGGUACGGGAAGCUGCUGGAGGACGGCACCCGCAAGGCCGCCGACACCACCGGCGGCAUCUGGAACCACCUCCGGACGGCGCCGAACAUGGCGGACGCGGCGGUGGCGCGGCUGGCGCAGGGGACCAAGGUGUACGCGGAGGGCGGGCACGAGAGGGUGUUCCACCAGGUGUUCGGCGGCGUGCCGGGGGAGCAGCUCCGCAAGGCCUACGCCUGCUACCUCUCCACCUCCUCCGGCCCCGUCAUCGGCACGCUCUACCUCUCCACCGCCCGCCUCGCCUUCUGCAGCGACUCCCCCGUCUCCUACCACGCCCCCUCCCCCACCCAGCCGCCCGAGCCCAUGUACUACAAGGUGGUGCUUCCGCUGAACCAGGUGAGGACGGUGAGCCCGUCCGCCAGCAUGUGGAGGCCGUCGGAGCGGUACAUCCAGGUGGCCACCACCGACAACCACGACUUCUGGUUCAUGGGCUUCGUCUCCUACGACAAGGCGCUCAAGCACCUCUCCGACGCCCUGCAGCGCCGUCCCUGACCCAUCUCCUUCCACUCCGUCCGUCCGCACCAUCGCAGCUGCUAUAAGCUCGAGUUCUUCGGCAGCGGCACUAUCCUGUCACCGACUGAUCAGUGUUUCUACUUCAUUCCUGUACCGCAACUCGCCCCAUCAGCAGUUCUUGCUCUGGAAUAAUUUAUACUAUAAGACACCAAUAAACCUCCGUUGCCUGUCGUCGGUAUCGCCAACCACUUUGCACCAAGAAAGUGUUACUACUAAUCGAUAUAUGCAGCGCCGGAUAUGGAUAUGAAAGCUCUUUCA